CGCCGAUGUCCCGUUAUCCUUCGCGUCCAAGAUGGCGGCCAAAGGUGGCCACAGACGACAGGUGUCCAUUCACUACGACUUUCGGGCCAUCAACGAGCAGAAAGUCGAGGACAUCACGCUCGAAUUUUUCUACAAGCCACACACGAUAACCCUCCUGACUGUCUGUGUGCUUGGAUCGCUGUACAUCGCCUUUAAAAGUCAGUGGGCAAGAACGAUACCAACACCCAGGCAAAGAAACUUUCGAAAUGAAGAAGCCAACACAGAUGACAACAUUUGGGAUGGACUUCUGUGCUUGAUUUUCUUCUUCAUGAUCAUCAGUGUGCUGGCUUUUCCCAAUGGUCCUUUUACCAGACCACAUCCCGCACUAUGGAGAAUAGUAUUUGGACUGAGUGUGCUGUACCUGCUGCUGCUGGUCUUCUUGCUGUUCCAAAAGCUGUCAGACAUGAAGAAGAUGAUGUACUGGUUAGAUCCAGAACUCAGGAAAGUUGGACCUGACACAACGGAGUAUGCUGUGAAUUGUUCCCAAGUGACAUGGGAGAGACUGUGGGGUCACUGUGACAUCUUCAUGUUCGCCCAUUUCUGGGGCUGGGCCAUGAAAGCCUUGAUCGUCCGCAGCUUCGGGCUCUGCUGGACAAUAAGUGUCACCUGGGAAGUUACUGAGCUGGCCUUCAUGCACCUGCUGCCUAACUUUGCGGAGUGCUGGUGGGACCAGCUGCUGCUGGACGUGCUACUUUGCAAUGGCGGCGGCAUCUGGCUCGGCAUGUUUGUCUGCAAGUGCUUUGAGAUGCGCGGCUACCGAUGGGAGAGUAUCAAGGACAUAAGGUCCACCAAGGCUAAAAUCAGACGUGCCGUCAUGCAGUUUACUCCUGCAAGUUGGAGUCAUACUCGCUGGCUGGAUCCUAAGUCGUCGAAGAUGCGUCUGAUGGCCGUCUACCUCUUACUGGUCAUAUGGCAGAUUUCGGAGCUGAACACAUUUUUCCUGAAGCACAUCCUGCACAUUCCCAACCACCAUUAUCUGACCUGGGGACGCAUCCUGCUCAUCGGCCUGGUGUCUGCGCCCACCAUCCGCCAGUAUUACGCCUACGCCACCGAUACCGCCUGCAAGCGGGUCGGCACGCAGUGUUGGGUUGUUGGGGCCAUCACUUUUAUAGAGGCCAUCAUCUGCCUUAAGUUUGGAAGGUCUCUGUUUGCACAGACACAGCUUCCUUUGGUCUUCUUGUGGCUGGUCUUCCAGAUGGGGAUGACUUUCCUGUGCCUGUACGUGAUGGUGUAUAUUGCUGGUCGAAGGGCCAGGGAAGAGACGGCAAAGUUGAAUGGUUCGCACACAAACGGGUGUGUCACCAGAGGUGAGGAUGGAGGAAUGGCGGGUUACGACAGCGUGGACUCCGAUUUCAUGCCGGACAGUCCGAUCAAACGAAUCAAUCCUGUACGGAGCACGAGACUCAGGACCAGAACCGGGAAGUCCAACGGGGUUUGAACAGUUAACCCCAACCCUGCUGAAAUAGCCUUUUGACACAAAAGGGUAGUGCUAGUUAGCAGGUUAAGCUUCAGGGACAAGGUUAACUGACGUGUUGGAAAGGCUUUACUUAGUAACUUAUGGACAAACCUAAUUGUUAAUCCAAGGUUUGAAAGCACAGUGUAAAUUAAUUGAUUUUGCUGAACCUUUUCUUUGAAAUGCUCUAAUUGAUCAUGAAAGUGCAAAUAGAUGUUUUAUUUUUGUGAAUGUUGACUCGUGAUAACUUGUAAAUGUUUUUAUGUGCUUUAACUCUCACUCUCGAUUCAACUAAUGAAUCUAUGAUGAAACAAAAAAGUGUAUGAGCUACCAUUCAUUCACAGUAGGCACAUGUGGUUUUCACUGUUUUAUAGUGUACUUACAAUGUUUUUGAAAGGCAAUUUGGAAGUUUUGUGCAAUUUCUUGGCAGAAGUCAUCAUUUGGAAGAGUGUUUGUAAACACCUUACAGAAGUAAACAUGUUAACUAACAAA